UCCGAUGAUGCGGGCGCCUUCUGGGCUGUUCUGGGAGAAGUCCUCAAGUCGAGAAUCAGGCCCAUCUUUGCCAAAACGAAGAACCCGGCUAUCACGCCGGGGGGUCGCAAGAAUUUUCAUCCAACGCCUGUGCCCAGAUGGGACGCCAGUGUUAUGGAUCAAGAGAUGAAGCCGUGGAAGUUUCAGGAUGUCUAUGCUACGACAGUGCUUGAUUGGGCUCUGUCUCGGUUUCUUCCAUCAGAUUUCGCUCACUUGGAGGCUCAUUUCCCGCUUCUCGUUCCACCGAUCUUAUCUCUGAUCGACGACGAAAGCUUGGCCUUCAAGACCCGCGGCUGCAAUCUUCUCUCAAAGUUUCUGAUCCCCAUCCGGGAAUGCCGGUCCGAUCUCCUUCAUCGGACGAACCUUUCCUCCGUCUUUGACGACGCGCUGGCGCCGUGCCUUUUGUCCAUUCCUACGAUCACCCCCGAGGACGAGUCUCUGCAGUUACUUGGAGCGGCGUACCCGACUCUCCUCUCGGUGCUCCAGACUCGUUAUCACCGGUAUCCUUCAGACAAAGAGUCUGCAACGGCGUCAUCCUCGCAAGAGGAGGAGAACAAGACAGCAUACAUCAGCCGCGUCGCCAGCGUCCUGCGAAACAACGUAAUACCGUCCUUCCACCACGUCAGCUCGACCACACCCAGCGCGGCAUCGUCGCUAGCAUCGUUCCCAUAUCCGCGGCUCUCAGCCUUCCUUCUCAGGCAGAUGGCCACCUUCUCGUUUGAACUCGGCAUCCACACGACAAAGUACCUGCAGGAGCUCAUCCCGCCCAUUUACAGCACCCUGACCAACCCCUUCGGCACGGGCUACCCCCCGCUUCUCCUCGCCGGCGUCGCCGCCGCGCGGGCCGUCAUUUUGAACGCGCACCCUCGCAUCUGGCGCUUCCGCGGCGAGCUCCUAGGCGGGUUUUGUGAUUGCUGGGUUCACGUCCUCGACGAAGAGAAGAACCAGACUGAGAUCGAGACACGAGCGCGUGAGCGUGCGCGUGCACGUCCUAGCACCAGCACUCUUAGUACUGAUACUUCCUCGAAAGAAAAAACCCUCCUAACCGCCCUAUCCAAGCUAAAAAAACAACUAAAGGGAGCCGUCUACCUGCUGAAAGUGUCCGUGGAUGCAGUCACGAAUACUCCUGCCGACGGCGAAAGCGAGGAAAACUGGACAGGAGUAGAAGAAGACGUGAAUAAUAUCGAAAAAGAAUGCGAAGACCUUUCUAAAGCAGAUGAGCAGUUGAGGGAGUUGCUUUUUGGGGAGAGCCCUGACGAUAUCCCUGACGACGACGAUGGCAAUAAUGAUGAUUAUGAUGAUGGUCAUGAUUGA